AUGGUCUCCGUACAGACGAUAGCCACGAUUGUGGUGAAAGUGUUCAAGAUCGUAUUAAAUAUUAUCGUGUUGGUUCUCUACCGCACUGGGUAUAAUGGCGAGUUCCUCGGUGUGGGCGGUACGUGGAACCUGAACGAAGAGAAGAACCCGGAUGCCGAAAUAGUUGCGUCUGGCGUGAUAGUCGGUUACCUCAUCUACACGCUGGUGCAAGUUGUCACUUUCCUCUUUGGUACAACGGAACAUAAACGGGCCUUGGGUGAAAUAGUAAUGAACUUCGUUGGAGUAUUCUUGUGGAUAGCCGUGGGUGCUGUCGCGUUGCACUACUGGGGCGGCUACCAAGGGGAGCAUCAGUAUCAAUUCGUCUUUGCUGAACGACAGGUUGGCCUGGCGGUCGGUGCUCUCUGCGUCAUCCAAGGAGCAGUCUACUUAUUAGAUACUGUUUUGGCUGUUAUGCACUUUACGAAGGAAAUGUAA